AUGCCUCUCCCAAACAACAUCGCAGUCGGCACCUCCUGCCUGGGCCAGAACCCCGCCCACAGGCUAGACGACAAGAUCCGUGCCGCGGCGCACCAAGGCUUCCAGGGCCUGGAAAUCGUUUACACCGACCUCUCCCGCUACAGCGAGAGACACAACAUCCCCAUCCUCACGGGCGCGAAGCAAAUCCGGCAGCUCGCCGACGACCUCGGCGUCGUCCUGAUCUCGCUCGCGCCCUUCGAGAACUACGAGGGCACAAAGACCCCGCUUGCCGAGCGGCUCGCCUUCGCCGCGCACUGGGUCGAUCUCGCGCGCAUCCUGGGCGCUUCGUACCUCCAGAUCCCCUCGCAGUACGGAACAGACAGUGUUGGCGACGAGGGGGUGAUUGUCUCGGAGAUGCAGCAGCUCGCGGACCUGGCUGCUUCGUCCUCACCUGUUAUCUCCAUUGCUUAUGAGCCGCUGUCUUGGGGGGUGUGGUACUCGACGUGGGAAGAUGCGCUGCGGCUUGCGACGCUCGUGGACAGAUCGAAUUUCGGCCUGUGCCUGGAUACCUUCCACGAGGUGACGAAGUUGUGGGCGAGUCCGUUCACCGAGUCGGGGGUAUACCCCGAUGGGCCGGAGAAGCUGGGUGCUUCAUUGCGUCGCUUUGUGGAAACGAUCCCGCUCGACAAGCUGUUUUACGUGCAGCUGUCUGAUGCAGAGCGCUUUGAUCCGCCAUUCUCCGAGAACCAUCCCUGGUAUAUUGAGGGCGAGGCACCUGAGUUCACGUGGUCGAAGCACGCAAGGCCGUUUCCCUUGGAGGCGGAGUUCGGUGGGUAUACGCCUGUUGUGGAUGUGGUGAGGGCCUGGGUUGUUGAGAGUGGGUUCGGGGGGUGGGUGUCGAUGGAGAUCUUUGACCGGCGGAUGCGCGAUGAGAAGUAUAAGACUGAGAUCGCGGCAGAGAGGGCAUGGAGGUCAUGGGAGAAGGUCCAGGCUGAGGUUGGGAGGCGGAGGGCGAAGGUAUGA